AUGUCCAAGAAGGUUAAAUUGAAGUUUAAGAAGUCGAUACUUUCUACCUCAGAUAAUAUUAUCUCGACUGAUGAACUAGUAAAUCGUUUAAGUAUUUUGCAUGAAGAACUAUCCAGUUUGGUUCAAGAUGAAACUGAUCCAGAAUCAGUUAAUAGUUAUUGUAAUGAUUUAGUGAACAGGAAAUUGAUCAAACAUAGAGAUGCAGGUGUUCGUGCCUUUGUAGCAUGCUGUUUGAGUGAUAUCUUGAGAAUAUAUGCACCUGAUGCACCAUAUACUGAUACACAACUAACUGAUGUUUUUAAAUUAUUCUUAGCUCAAUUUGAGGAAUUGGGUGAAUCGGAGAAUGGCUAUUAUAUACAACAAACAUAUGUCAUCACAAGAUUGUUAGAAUAUAGAUCCAUUGUUUUAUUGACAGAUCUACCUUCAGCUAUGAAGUUACUUGAAAGGUUGUUUUCAAUAUUUUACGAUAAUUCUAAAUCUUACAACCCCAAAUUAUUCAAAGUCAUCGGUGGUAUUCUAGGCGAGGUUAUAUCAGAAUAUGAAGCUGUCCCUACCUCAGUGUUGAAAAUCAUUUUUAAUAAAUUUCUAACAUAUAAUCCUUCAUCAAUUCCAAAAGGUCUAGGCACUUCAGCAAAUUGUGGUUAUGAAGUAACACUCAUUCUUUGUGAAUCGUAUGGAAGCAGAAUGACUAGAUAUUUCACAAAAUACUAUUCCGAAGUGUUGUAUGAGUUAACAAAUGAUGACGAAAAUUUGUAUGUUGAUAAGAACGAGAUAUCGAAAGUUUUAGAUAAGUUGCAUAAUUUACUUAUCAAGGUGUGGGAAACAGUUCCAGAUAUGAUUGCACCUGUUACGGGAUUUGUUUACCAUGAGUUAUGUUCAGAAAAUGAUCUAUUUAGGCAAAAAUCGACGGACCUUGUGGGGAAACUGCUGUCUAUUAAAUCGGAAAUUAAUUUAGUCACUACCUAUCAGGAUGUAUUUAAUGCUUGGUUAUCAAAAAUUGCAGAUAUUAGUGUUAGCGUAAGAAUGCAAUGGGUUAAUACUAUUCCGGACAUUCUAUCAGUUAGAAAAGAUAUUUCGGAAGCUAUCAACAAAGGUAUCUCUAAAACGUUAAUAGAUUCAGAAAACAUGAUCCGUAAGGAGUCAAUUUUACUCUUUGAUAAAUUAUCAAUUGAAGUGAUUUGGGAAAAUAUAACAAACCCUUCGAUAUAUAUGUCUUUACUCCGUUUUUCAAGGGAGAAGAAUAGGGAAGUAAGAGAAGUAUGUAAUUCAAUUCUUGCAAAACUAUUCGAAAAGUCAAGAAAAUCAAUAAAAAGAACACAAAACAAUAAAGAAAUAUGGGAAAUAAUAGAUAAAAUUCCGUCGACUAUUUUUGAUUUGUAUUACAUUAAUGAUCCAAAAAUUAACGAGCAAGCAGAUGAUAUACUCUUUAAAUACAUCUUUCCACUGGAUGUAAACGAUAAACAAAGAGUAAGUAGACUUUUAGAUAUUGUUUCUACGUUAAGUGGUAAAUCAUUAACCUCUUUUUUUGCAUUCAACAAAAGACAAUUGCAAAUAUCAUUAGCAUUAUCCAAAUUUGUUGACUUUUCAAAGAAGGUAAAUGAUAAAGAGGAUGAUUCCUCAUCUAUUGCAGAUGCCGUCGUUAAAUUACCCAAAACUAUAAAUUGGUUAUCCUCAGGCUUGAGUGAUUCCAAAAUAGCCGAGGCAGCGUUGAAUGCAGUGAUGGAAUUGAAUGAUAAAAGAAUAUUUUAUUUGCUGCAGACUUGUGUCAACCCUGACGUAAAAUUUUCUACUUGGAAUAACAGUUUUUCAGAAUUAAUGACGAAAUUAAAAGAUCCAAAUCUAUUGAGACAUCGUGAUAUAAGCUCAGCUUCUCUAAUUAUACCAAGAGAUAUUGCUAAACAAUUCCGAAUUUUACUCUAUAGAGGUUCUCCGAUUUUAUUUAAUUCAUCAAAUAUUCCUUAUUUACUAUCAACUGGCGAUACCCAUAAUGCUGCUUUAAAAAGACGUUUAUUAGACGAAAUAUCAACUCUAAAUCCUCAACAACUUAAAGGACAGAUCAAAACUUUGAUGUCAGUUGUAAAAUCAGAAAAUCAAACUAGCGAUGGUGAUAUGACGUUGUCGCUUGGUGAAACGUUAAAGACAUUAUAUAAAAUUGGUAAGACAAUGGUGAAUGAUAUUGCAUUUGAUGAUACUUUCUUCUAUACAAAACUGAAAGAUUAUGCUAGUGGGAAAUCUCCUUUAAUUGCUAAAUACGCCACAAAAUUAAUUGCAUUAUCACCAGAUGCUGUAGGUACAUUAAAUGAAUUGAAAAUUUCUAUAUUACCUUUGAAUAAAAAGAGUGAAAAUUUUACUUCAAAUAUCAAUGUAUUAUCUGAAAUUUUUAAGUUUUAUCCUCAUAUUUUAGAUGAAAAUUCAACAGACAUCGUUGGAUACUUAAUCAAGGAAGUUUUAUUAUCAAAUGAAGGUAUUCUGACCAUAUCCGAUUCAGAUUCAUGGAUAGACGAUGAUGCUGUUUUCUCAGAAGAAAAUAACAUAUUAAAUGCGAAAUUAUCAUCAUUGAAACUAUUUACAAAUAAAUUAAGAUCCAUUACAAUAGAAUCGGACCACAAAGAAUUAACUACGGCCUUUAUAAAUAAAACGAUGAAAUUAUUCUUUUACUUGAUUGCAAGUGGUGGUGAGUUAAUCUCAGAAACUAAAGAUGAUGCACACGCAACACCAGAUAAUUACCAAACCAGAAUGAGACUGUGUGCAGGGCUACAAGUUCUAAAAUGUGCAAAACUACCUAUACUAAAUGAUUUCAUUAAACCUGCAGAUAUAAUAAGACUGGUUAAUUUAGUGGAAGAUGAAUCUUUAUUUGUAAGAAAGAUAUUUUUAGACACGUUGAAGAAAGACUUGGCUAACGAAGUAAUAUCCAUUAAAUUUUUACCAUUAAUAUUUUUUAUUGCAUAUGAACCUGACUUGUCCGUGAAGACAAGCACAAAAACUUGGAUUAAUUUUACAUUUGGAAAAGAAACAUUUAGGAAGGGAACUUAUUUUGAAAGAGCUUUACCCAGAUUAAUACAUGCGAUUGCUCAUCACCCUGAUAUAGUUGAAAAUUUCAAUAAGGAAGGGGAUGAAUAUUUGAACAACUUAGCAACUGCAAUUGAUUACCUGAUGUUUUAUUUUGACUCAGUUGCCAACCAAGAUAAUUUUAAUCUUCUCUAUUAUCUUUCUGAGAGAGUUAAGAAUUACCAAGAUAAAAUUAAAGAUGAUAGAGACGAUGACGAUCGUACUGAUGCAGAAGCUAGCAUAUCUAUGAGAAGCAAGAGGAUGUACGUUAUUGGUGAAUUGUCUCAAAUGAUUUUACUUCAAUUGAAGGAGAAAAGGGGAUGGCAACAUUCAGCUUAUCCUGGUAAAUUAAAUUUACCAGGUGAUUUGUUUCAGCCAUUUAAUACUACUAAAGAAGCACAAGCAUCAUUUAAAACUUAUAUUAAUGAGAAACAAGCUAGUAGAUUAUUAAGUAAUGUAAAAGCCAAGGUCAGCAGAAUAAUUCAUAGCUCUCAGACGCAAAAACAACGUGCCCAGAAAAAGUUAUUAGCGAUGGAAAAUCAACCACCAAUAAAGAAUAAAACUAAAUUGAAGGUCAAAAAAAGAAGAUACAAUGAUGAAAGCGAUGACAGUGGUAGUGAUAGCGAUAUUAAUGGUGAUGAUGAUGGCGUUUAUAAACCAUCCUCAAAGCUAAAGAAAGUUCAAACAAUCAAUGCCAGAAGAAAAAAUUUAAGAGAAAGAAAAGAAAUUGAUUACAAUGUUGAUGAUGAUAUAAUUGAUGAAAAUUCGGCUUCUAUAACUAAUAUUAUUUGA